AUGGCUUUAACGAAUGCUAGGCCGCCGGCGCUAUCAGCUCUUGAGAGUGACACCAUUCGCAACACAGUUUCUCCAAAGUUCCAGGCCAAUACUUUAGGAGAUACGUCAUUUGAAAGUUUAACUGGAAAAGAGUCAAGCAGCAGCCGCUCUAAAUUAACUGUCGCCGCACAUGAGAAAACCAACGAACUUCUCAAAUCGCUUCCGGUCACUGGUGAAAGACCUUCGCCCAAGGAGGAGGACCCUUUUAUGGAGGACCAGGUCCUGCACGCGAUCUUCACUAUUUUAUGGGAGCAUGAUACCGAGGAGAAGGGCAUGACCGUUAAGCAGCUUUGCGAUUUUUUACUCGUGAAGCGGCCGGAAAUGGCAGACCUUUCGACCAAACUCUCAAAUCUGGUGUCAGCGAAACUUAAUGCGUACAUUAAAAAGGUAGAACGCGGCGAAAGCACGUUGAUGUAUUCUCUUUCAAGAGAAUGGUCAGACCAAUCUCCAAGACGCAUGGUAUACGUCUAUCGUGGUAUUUUGGCCACAGAUUUCAAAGCACAGGCUCAGGCUGCGUCUCUUCAAAAAUAUGUAUCCAAAACCAAGGGUGGUAAUCAAGGUUCCAAAAAAAGUCAACGAUCCACUGUCGGUCCCAACACGGCAAGCUCAGACUCUAGCUUGAGCGGAAUCUCGCGCUCCACAGGUUCGCAAAGCCCUUUUUCGUCGAAUCUUUUUUCCAGCGAAUAUAAUGUCCCGUACGCUUCCUCACCCGUUUCAAUGAGCUUAGCGCCUACCAUUUCGGAAGCAACUCUGAAUCCCGUCGCUGCUGAUCACGUACACGUCGUGGCACAUGGUGGAAAACACAGAGUUGGAGCAUCCCCCGAUUUUGAGCCUUCCAAAAAGCACAAGACCUCGCUCAAAGUAACACCAGGUUAUGUGACAGCCGCCGCCGCAGCGCCGAGGCUUUCUAAAAUUGCUGCCAGGAAGCAUUUCAGUGUAACAGAACAGAGCGCUGCUCUGGUUAAUGCACUGCAUCGAAUUGCUGCGACUCAAAAGCCAGUUGAAGUAACUCUGACCGUCUUUGAAAACGCAGGCAAUGACAAUCACUCAGAGCAGCAAUCCGAAGUUACGAUCUCAACUUCUUCUUGGUUAGAAGCCGUGAGAUCCGGAUUUUUACUUCAGGACAUCGAAUCGCCAGAAACUCUUUCCUCAGAAGAUCUUGACAACUUUUUCGCACAGUCGUAG